AUGAGUUCUACGACAAAAGUGCGUUCGUCCAAAAAAUUGUCGAAAAAAAUUGUUGAGCAAAAAGAUGAAGCACAAUUGUCGAAAUUAAAUUCGAAGGAGGGCGAAUCGUCUGACGAUGAAGAAGUCGCGCCGCAGAAUAUGAAAAAACAUAAAUUAGAUCUUGAAAAGCUUAAAGAAACGGAUCCGGAAUUCUUCAAAUUCCUUCAGCAGGAAGAUGCCGAUUUACUGCAAUUGGAUGACGACGACGAUGAUGAUGAUGAUGAAAGUGAUGAUGGGGAACAAAGUGAUGAGGAGGAAGAGGAGCUUGACGAGGAGGAUGAAGCAAAAAAUGUGAAGAAAAUGGUCAAGGCAAAAGUCGAUUCGGCAUCGGGAAGGUUUAUUGUUGAUUCGAGAGUUUACGCAUAUCUUCAACAAGUCCUCGAUCCUGCUGAUGAGAAUGUGAAGAUCACCUCAUCGGACAUCCGAAUGGCUAUCGACGUGUUCGUUGCUUGUGUGGCGCGAGUUGGAGCCGACAUUGAAGCCCCAAAAUAUGUUAUCAACGAGCAGACAAUUUUCGAAGCAGUCGUUCGUCUUUGCUUUCAAACAAUGCCCGAUGCAUUCAAUAAGUUGCUGAAAGCCAAGAAAGUUGAAAAGAAGACGAUUUUUUCGAAAAGCGCGUUGCGGAAAUAUCAAGGAUAUAUUAGGACAUAUUUGCAUGCUGUAAUUGUGUUUUUGAACGAGGUUCAAACGAAUGAAGUGAUCAUUUCGACGCUGAAGGCAAUCACUCGGCUUAUCGAUUUUUAUGCGAAUUUCACAAAAAUGGCAAAACUUUUCGUCAAAGCGACAACUCGAAUUUGGAGUCGAAAAACGCUUGAAUGCCGAGUUGCCGCUUAUGUUUGCAUGAAUUUGAUGGUUCAAAAUUAUCCGCAACAUUUUGUUAUGCUUUAUAAGGCAGCUUAUGUGGCGUUUGUUGCGAAUUCUAAGGUUGUCACCAACGAAACGUGGCCACUUCUACAAUUUAUGCAUAGAACGUUUGCGGAGUUGACAAUUCAGUAUCCCGAUCAAGCUUACAAAUAUGCGUUUGUGUAUAUCCGUCAGACAGGAGUUCAUUUGCGAAAUGCGAUGAUUGCGAAAGGAAGAAAAGAUUUGGUGUUUUCCAUUUAUAAUUGGCAAAUGAUGCAAUGCAUGUACAUCUGGGUUCGGGUUAUUGCAAAAGCACAUUCGGUGAAUGGCGCUGAAGCGAUUGGAGAGCUCGUCUACCCGCUGAUUCAGAUUAUUAUUGGAAUUUUUCGUUUGUGCAAUGCUCCAACGUUUUUGCCACUUCGUAUCCAUUGCUGUCAGCUGCUUAUUCAACUCCAAGCGAGUUGCACCAAUUAUAUUCCAAUUCUUCAACUAUCGUGUGACGUGCUCGACGAGCUUUGCAGAGAGCUGCGAAAAAAGCCCGAGCAUUCGAAAGGCGUUGUGAAAUUGCCGGAUAUUGAAUGCACGCUGAAAAUCUCGUCGCAAUACUCGAAUUUGCCGCAAUGGCGCAAAAUCACAGCGGAAAGUGUGUUCCGUGUGAUGAUGCAAUCGGCACAUCUACUGGCGAGUCAAGCCGCAUUCCCAGACGUCGUUCUUCCUUUCACACAUCGCGUGAAUAGCUUGCUCGCGGAAAUCAAAAAUGGCGACUAUGCUCAUCUGUUCAAGGGUCUCAUCGCGAAAAUCACGGAGCAUUCGAAAUUUGUUCUUGAAGUUUUGGCCAGGAAGGAUGUUCGCGUGAAUGAUGAAAUGCAAGUGCUUGCUGUCCGAUUCGAGUUGAACAACCCGGAUUCUCCCAUCAAAUUAUACUAUAGGCAAUGGGAAAAGGUGUGGAAGGCGAAGCAGGAAACUCUUAUGAACAAGAACGCCGCUGAGAAGAAAGAGAAGGAGGAAAAGAAGAACAAGAAGCGAAAAGCGGAUGAUGAGGAAGAUGUUGAGUCGCUUGAAGAAAAACAUCAAGUGCCGAAGCAGAAGCGAAAGCGAGCCAAGAUUGGAGCGGCUGCCAAGAAAGCGGAUGCUUCUCUUCCCGACAAAUUCGCCGAUUUGGAGAAUUGGAGUGAUAAUGAUGAUUGA